UUUUCGACUUUUGGUUGUAAAAUUCUUUGAAAAUUCUUUUUUUGGCGUUUUGAUUUUUUGGCGUUUUUACAAAUUACAAUAUUCAAAACUUCAAUUGUAGUCACUUCUUGGGUAGAAAAAAUCCCCGGCUUCAUUGCUACUUCCCAGAACUAACUUUAAGUCCAACAUGUAUGUAUAUAAUUUCCACUCUUAACUAUCAUAAAAUAUACUUUUUUUAAAAAAGUACAUGUCAUUUGCUGUCAUAUUAAUUAGUUUAAAAAAGUAUUUGUCACCUACAUAAAUACAUUUGAUAGGAAUUCUUUAAUGGCUGGUACUACACGGUUCAAAAAGAGCUUUAAACCAGUUAGUUUCUCGGUUAGAUGGCACUCACUUACUCUCUCUAAUUGUACGUACAUUCUAGUUUAUUUUGUUUGGCCAUUGGGAGAGCUCUGUUUAAACAACUUUGACUUCUCUAAUCCCCCCCCCCUUACCCUUUACUCAAAAUUAAGCACUUUUAUAUAUACCUAG